ACUCCUUUAGAUAUAUCCUUAGAACGACAGGAAUCAUCACCCCACAUGGAAGAUGUUUCUUCUCCUAUACAGAUUUUAAUUGAAAAAAAAAAUUAUCAUCAAAGUAUAUUAUGUGCAUCGCAAAAGGAUCACCGUAAGACUCAAUAUAUGCCUCUUGAUUUAUCCUUAAAAGGGUAUAAUAGUUCCCCUAAUGUAAAGGAUUCCAUAGAAAAAAAAUUUUUUGAUGAUGAUACAUCAACUGACCCUCAAAGCAUUUACCACAACACACAAAAUACUACUUAUGGUCCACCUGUAGAAAAAAGAGUUCCAUAUGAUGAUGAUGAUCCAUGUACUAGUGCUUCACUAAAAAGAAAGUUAGAAGAAAAUACUGGACAUAAGUCAAAGAAGAAAAAAAUUAGUGAAAAAGGGGAUGAUGGUGAGCCAUGUACUAGUGCUUCACUAAAAAGAAAGUUAGAAGAAAAUACUGGACAUAAGGCAAAGAAGAAAAAAAUUAUUGAAAAAGGGGAUGAUUAUAAGAAAAAAAGUAGGAAUAAUUUAAUGAAUUAUUCUCAUGGGGGUAGUAGCUCUUCAUUUAAUCCGAUCACACCAGAAAUCAUUUUUAAAAUUGAUCCAAAUUAUUUAACUAGGAUAAAUGAAGAUUUAAAAAAAAUUAACAAUCAUUUAUAUUUCAAAUACAAUGAAUUAGCACAUGCUUUUAAUAUAAAUAUACAAAAAUUGCAAGAAGUUGUAGAUGAAGAACUGAAGGUUAUUAGUUUAAAAGAUUUAUCGAUAUUUAAUAGUCAUUUUUCCAAAUUUUAUAAAGAAGGUAGUAAAUUAAGUAAUAUUUACAAAUCUGUAUUAUCAUUUAACUAUAAAAUAAAUUAUAAAAUCAAUAACACAAGCGAAUUAUAUAAUAGAAUGGAGUGCAUUUUAGAUUUUAUAAAAAAUAUGAAAAUUCAUUAUCACACAUUUAGGAGAGAGUCUGAAAUAGUGUUAAUAAUGAAAAAUGUUACAUUUAAUUAUGCAUAUAAUCCUCCCAGAAUACUUUCAAAAAAUAAGAAUGCUAUUCAAUUUACAGAAUCAUUGCAUAACAUGGAAAAUUUAGUAAAUUCCAUUGAAGCAUCAAUUAUAAGUGGAGGCACAUCUGAACAACACUCAUAUAUGUUUAAAACGCAAUCAUUGUUAUCAAUUAAAAAAAAAAUAUUAGGAUCGUUAAACAGCUGUAAACAGAAAUAUUUAAGAUAUUUAAAUUUAUUAAAUAUGUCAUGUGAAUUAAUGGAAAUGGAAAAUAUUUUUAAUUUUUUUUAUAAAUAUAAUAUUAAAUGUAAAAAUUAUUUAAUGAAUAAUAUGAAAAGUUUAGAUGAUAAAGAAGCUAUCCAGUCACUUUUGGAUGUUUAUAUCAAGGAAGAGCUUGAAGUUUUCGAGUGCCAUAAAAAAUCUAGGGAAGUCUUUGUUUCAAAUAUAACUAAAGAAAAAAAAAUUAUUGAAUAUUUUUCUGCACUUCAAAAAAAAGGAGAUAAAUUUAAAAUUCUACUUUCCUUGUAUAAAGCCUAUAUGGAAAUAGUAAAAAUUGUAAAUUUUUUGAACCAAAUAAAUGAACUUUUGGAUAUCCGUAAAUCAUUGAAAGGAAUGAAUUUGCCAGAAAAAACUACAAAAUCUAAAAAUGAAACAGAGGGAGUUUUACCUCAUGACAUGAAAUUACAUUUACUUGAAGAAUUAAGUACUAAAAAAAGUAGGGUUGCAGAAAUUGCAUUAAAUUUAAGAAAGAGUUAUGAAUUUUAUUCAUCAAGAUUAAAUAUAGUAAAUCUUAGAAAAUUAAUAAUAGGUGCACAACUAAAGAUGGAGAAUGUUUUUUUAAUUACUGAUUUUUUGAAAUCCUUAUUUCCCGAAGAUAUGGGUAAUAAAGGUGGCGAUUAUGAAAAAUCCAAUUUAGAAGCUAAUGUUUUUCUUACAUUGUUUUUUUUGAAAAAAAUAUUGGAAAAAUCUUAUAUAAAUGAAUUGAAAUAA